AGGUGUCAGCGCGGGAGUGAAGCUUCCGACCCAACCCGCAGAAGGCAAACUUCACCGUCAAAGAACGUGCUGACGUCCACAAAGAUGACUCUUCAAAGUGACGAGGAAACCGAGCUGGAAAGUUCUUCUUUCUGACCCUAAAAAAAUUCCAACACAUCGUUCGAUGCUGAGAGAGCGCAGCAUCACUCCGGACGAUGGUGGUGCAGAGAAGAUGAAACUCACGGGAAGAAACAGCUGUCACCAACUAUAAUCCCUUUGGAUAACCCGACGUAAAGAUGGCCGAAUACAAUCUCACGUCAGUAUCUGAUGGAGUGGACAUGUCUUUCCUCCAGACGCACACGACGGGCAACAAUACCAGCAGCGUGUCCAAUGCGACCGAGCCGCUGCACUUCCGUAUGGUCACGGCGGUCGUCUACAGCGUCGUCUUCAUUGUGGGUCUCCUGGGCAACUCACUGGCCAUCUUCGUGGUGAUCCGCUACGCCAAGAUGAAGACAGUGACCAAUAUGUACAUCCUCAAUUUAGCUGUAGCGGACGAACUCUACAUCCUAGGAAUCCCCUUCCUAGCCACCAACAGCGUGCUUUACUCUUGGCCCUAUGGAGAUUUCUUCUGCAAAGUGUGCAUGACCGCCGACGCCAUGAGCCAGUUCAUGUCAACCUUUUGCCUGACGUUGAUGAGCAUCGAUCGGUACCUGGCGGUGGUUCAUCCCAUCCGCAGCGCACAGUGGAGGAGGCCGCAGGUGGCCAAGAUUCUCAGCGGCAUGCUGUGGCUUGUGUCUUUUCUGGUCGUGCUGCCCGUCACCAUCUACUCGCAUGUGCAGGAGGGACUCAACACCUGCAACAUCACGUGGCCCGAGAUGCAGAACUGGUGGUCUGUCGUCUUUAUCCUCUACACAUCCAUCCUGGGGUUUUUUGGACCGUUGUUCGUCAUCAGCAUCUGCUACUUGCUCAUCGUCAUCAAGGUCAGGUCAGCAGGCGUGCGUGCAGGUGUGACCAAGCGGCGUAAGUCGGAGCGUAAGGUGACACGUAUGGUGGUGAUCAUAGUCCUGGUCUUUGUGCUUUGUUGGAUGCCCUUCUUCACUACCAACAUUGUCAACCUGGUUCACAUCAUCCCAGAGAACAAUGCCACAGCAGCGAUCUACUUCUUUUUAGUCAUCCUCACCUAUGUGAACUCCUGCGCCAACCCAAUCCUCUACGGCUUCCUCUCGGACAAAUUCAGACAGAGCUUCCAAAAGGUGCUCUGUUUCCACAAACCCAACCUGGUUGCCACUGCAGACCGGAGGGAACGGCAACAGGCGGCACCCAGGGACACACCAAUAGACAACCACGAUCUUCUUUCCACAGCCACGAAUCCUAACCACAAUGGAAACAUGCAGAACAUCCAGUGCUUCCAGAUGGAGGCUCUUGAAAAACCUGACAACGAGCCUUUAACUGCCUUGAAUCAUCAGUCAGUGCCAUGAGAGGGCGCACCACCGUUGCCCUGCCAAAUGACGGUGGCACCAUUUAGCCCUGGAACUCAGACUGUGAUUUUCAACAAGAACGCUCAUCGUGAUAGAAUUUGUUAUUAUUGUAUUGAUCAGAGAUGCUGCAUGGAUUAAAUUCAAUGAUGGAAAACCUCUGCAAAAUACAAAACAUGGUCAUUUUAAAAAUUCAAUUUAUCUUCAAAGAGUUAAAAAUACAUCACGUCCUUUUUUUUAUAUAUAUUUGUCGUUAUAUUUGCUGGAGGAGUCGAUAAGGGGAAUUAAUCCAUGACCAAGAGCAGUAUUUUUGUUUGAUGUUCAUUUGUCGUAGUUUUACAUGUUAAAGUUUUAGGGAAAUAUAAGUGUUUCCCCUCCUGCUAGAGCAAUAGAUAAUGAUACAGUGUCGCUACAAGAUAACCACUAUUUUUCGUCAAAAUGAAACUCCUCAACUCACUUCAACAUAGGUCCUUGGCACCAAGAGGCCACAAGAUGGUGGAAAAGCAUUAUUUUUGUCAAAAUGAAAUGCCUCACUUCACUUCAACAUAGAUCCUUGGCACUAAGAUCCCACAAGAUGGUGGAAAAGUGCUAUUUUUAUGGAAAUGAAACUCCUCAGGACACUUCAACAUAGUUUUGAUUAAAACUACGUUUGUGCCCUGCUCACGGCUUAGGUUAUGACAUUUUGUUUUUGUUUUGUCUUAUUUUAAAGAGUACAACCUUUGGAUUUAAAAAAAAAAUAUUCCCAAACAAUGCAACUAUUAUUUAAUCUCGUUAAUGAAUCCGUGCAAAAACAAAAUUUCAAAUAUUCCACAUUAAACUGUUUUUUUGGGGGGGGGGGGUUAAUAUCCAAAAGAUGUAAUAAAGGAGUUGUCAUUCUCUUCCCUUUUUCCAGAGUAUAUGUGAUGUCCUCCAAUCCCUGUGUUGAUCUGAAAACAACCAAAAUAUCAAAAUGUCUUGUAACAUUCUGUUAUCACUUUUUGGUAGAAUGGUUUUAUUUUCAUUUCCAAAGUGCAUUUUCUAUAAUUUAUCACAUUGACGCUUUGGUUAAUUGGUCUGACAUUUUUGGCGAUGUAAACUAUUGUGUGAUGAGCAAAUUAAUUAUGCUGAAUUUAUUUUUGCAUUUCAUCACUUUUCUUUUUGAAGGGCCUGGACUGAUUUCUUUUGCAUUAAAGUCUUGUUAGAAAGAGUGCUGUAAUAUAACAAUAAACUGUCACAGUUCAUUCAUAAUGUUUCCUUUAAGAAAUUCUUUACAAAAAAGAACCAUGGAACACACAUUCUGCCUUUCCUAUUGUUCUGUUAUUUUUUUCUCCAUAUUUAAAAAAAAAAAACUCCACUGUCUCCCUUUUACAUCUCUCAUGGCUGCUGUCCUUGUGAGAAGUUGUAUGAGCGCAUGAAUGCAAAUGUUUAAAAUCCUUUUGACGGUGAAAGUAUAAGUUGUUGAAUGAUUACA